AUGGAGCACUCGCUAGGCCCUGCUUGUCGCCUCCGGCCGGCGCCCGACGCGGACCCGGACGCGGACAAGGAGGACGGAGUGCCCGCCGUCACCGCCCAGUUCUUCUACACGGCCAUCUAUCCCAUCGACGAUCCGCUGUCCGGCAGCGCGCCCGCCAGCGCCGCCGACGCGAAGCCCUCCAAGGCGCCGCUCCGCCCCUUCUCCCACGAUGACAACGACAUGCUGCAGCAGGCCUGGCUCGGCCUCUCGUCGGAGAGCCACCGGGUCCAGCACGCCGACCUCAGAAGCGGUCGAGAGCCGGCGCCGGACACUGUCAAGUCCGACCUGGACAAGCGCGGCCUGCUCAUCCGGAAGCUCGCCUCGAAGCACAGGCGCCUCCACAGCGAGAAGAAGAAGCAGAUGCGGAAUUCAACAACGGAAGUGGCCGAGGCGGCGGCGAUUCCAGAGACUCUGCUGACCGCCUGCUGCUCCGACCUCGCUGCCGACGCCCUGACGGAACUCGACACGGCCUUCUGCUCGUUGGUGAGGAAGACGAACCGUCUGUUUGACGUCGACGAGGUGGUCAAGGACGUGACCGCCGUCAUGAACCGGUCUCACCAGCUUCGAGACGUUCCAAGCCCCCGCCGGCAUGCCGCUGGGUUCGUGGAUGCAAACGACCAUGGCAUCACUGGCAAACCCUUCGUGCGGGUACCGAGUACAGAACAAGCAUCGCAAAUCACGUCCCCAAAACGGCCGCAGCAGCAGCAGCAGCAAGAGCAGACCACCGCUCCGGACCUCGAGGAUGAGGAUCAGGAUGUCGUGGUUGGACUGGCAAGACUGCACAAGGUCUGCUUGCACACACUGCAGAUGAAGCCCGUGUACUGGUCCCCCAUCAACGACGUCGCCGUCGUGACGAGGGGGACGUGGUUCUACAAAGACACCAUGAUGCCGGUCUCGGCGGCCGUGGCCAACCAGCUCGAAAUCGGAUACCAGGAGCUGCGCCCCUGGACCGAGACUUGGAGCGAUGAACUACGGUGUGCCAUCGAUGUUGGGGCGUCGGGAGAGGAAAAGGUAUCCUAUCGGUUGUGGCCCAAGGAAGGCGAAGGGCUGUACCGAAACACGCCUGUGCCGACCGAGCCCGCCAUCUCUGCGCAUCCAUUCUGUGCAUCUCACUGCUUCCAGGGCGAAGCUGCCACAGAGGGCUACAUGGAGCCUCCCAAAUUAGACGACGAGGCUCACGAGAAUCACCACCACCAGCGCGCCUAUUCGAGCUACAGUGUCAUAUACAAGGAUCGAGCAAACGCCUUCCUGCUCAAGCCGAGCCUCCAGCCGUCUUCCUACUACAACAGGCGGCCCAUUCUCAAGAUCAUGAAGGGCGUGACGGUUGGCAUCCCAGUCGUUCGGGGAUUUGACCGACUGAGCUGGGAGCGCCUGCACCGCAGAAAGAAGACGCAGCCCACCAAGUCGACGGCCCACGGCAGCGCACCAGACACUUGCCCUGCCUGCGAGGCGGAGAAGGACCGCAGCAAGGUGACGGAUCUGGUGCUGGUGGCCCACGGAAUCGGCCAAAAGAUUGCCGAGAGGGUUGAGAGCUAUCACUUUACACACGCCGUCAACGGCUUCCGGCGACUCGUCGACAGCGAGUUCCAGAGUCCCGCCGUGCAGGAGGUUUUGCACAACAGCCAGAGCAGGCUCAUGGUCCUGCCGCUCAACUGGCGAGUCGGGCUGUCCUUUGAGGACGGCGGAGCUCUUCAGACUGGCAUGGGGGCCAACAACUCGGGGGCCGCCCAGCCUUUCACUCUCAAGGACAUUGAGCCCAACACCAUCCCCGCCAUCAGGAGCAUGAUCUCCGACGUCAUGUUUGACAUUCCCUUUUACAUGUCUCACCACAAGGGCAAGAUGAUUGCGGCCUUGGUCGCCGAGGCGAACCGCGUCUACCGCCUCUGGUGUAGGAACAACCCCGGCUUUGCUGAGAACGGACGCGUUCACCUGGUCGCUCACUCUCUCGGCAGCGUCAUGGCGGUCGAGGUUCUGUCGCGGCAGCCAACAAUUGCGCCUCCGCUGGACCUGUCCCGACCAGAGCCAGAGACCAACUUCUUCGAGUUCGACACGAGGAACCUCUUCCUGAUGGGGAGCCCCACCGGCUUCUUCUUGCUGCUCGAAAGGGGCGCUCUGACGCCGCGCCGUGGACGUGCCAAACCCGGCGUCGAUGUGAGCGAGACCAUGGCCGACAAUGUCGGUGGUGAGCAGGGCAUGUUUGGGUGCCUGGCCGUCGAUAACAUAUACAACAUUCUUGCUCGGGAAGAUCCAAUUGCCUACUUUCUCAACGGCGCGGUUGACCCAGUGUAUGCGGCCAGCCUGAAGACGGCAUAUGUUCCCACCGCUUCGACUUCGUUCUUCAAGUCGUUUGGCGAUGCCAUGCGUACCGUUGCCAAGGGCAUGGGCGCCGCCAAUCCCGGCUCAUCGACGACGGACGACGGCCGCCCGCCUGCUGUGCGCCUCCCCUCUCAGCUGGAGCUUGAGGUGCACGACUUUACGAGGGAGGAGAUUGCCGAGAAGAAGGCCUUUUUGCUCAACGACAACGGCCAGAUUGACUGGUUCCUCAGGUCGGGCGGCGGGCCGCUGGAGAUUCAGUAUCUCAACAUGCUGAGCGCCCACAGCAGCUACUGGAGCAACACCGACUUUAUCCGGAUGCUGUGCUUUGAGAUUGGCAGGCGGCCUGGGCGGGCGAAUACGCUGCCUGCGAUGAGGGCCGUCAAGGCGACGAGGCGCAUUCCUGCUGCUGGUUGA